CAAGCGGCCACUCGCAGCGUUAGCGUUCUACGCGAGUUAUGCUCUGCACCUUGCACGGUUAGCGACCAUUUCCGUUUUUCCUCCUUUGAAGUGAAUGAGGCACGAUGGGUAUUUCCCGUGAUCAUUGGCAUAAAAGGCGAGCAACUGGUGGGAAAAGGAAACCUAUCCGAAAGAAGAGGAAGUUUGAAUUAGGACGGCCAGCUGCAAACACUAAACUCGGAGCUCAACGUAUUCAUACGGUACGUACACGAGGAGGUAACAAGAAGUACAGAGCGCUUCGGUUAGACACAGGGAACUUCUCAUGGGGUUCUGAGUGUACUACGAGGAAAACUCGUAUUAUUGACGUUGUUUACAAUGCGUCAAACAACGAAUUAGUGAGAACUAAGACUUUAGUGAAGAAUGCAAUUGUGACAAUAGACGCAACACCUUUCAGACAAUGGUAUGAAAGCCAUUAUGUGUUGCCCCUUGGCCGUAAGAGAGGUGCAAAAUUGACCGAAGCUGAAGAAGAAGUUUUAAAUAAGAAACGUUCAAAGAAAGCUGAAGCUAAAUACAAGACGAGACAAAGGGUUGCCAAAGUAGAACCUGCUCUGGAAGAGCAAUUUGCAACGGGACGUGUGCUUGCUUGUAUAGCAAGUCGACCUGGACAAUGUGGCCGUGCUGAUGGCUACAUCCUUGAAGGAAAAGAAUUGGAGUUUUACAUGAGAAAAAUUAAGAGCAAAAAAGCUAAAUAAUCAUGUAACCACAGUGAAUAAAUCUGUAAACAAAACGAAAA